CAAUUUACACAUACACAGAAGACUCCAAAGAGUUUUGUGACUUGAGAGUACAGCUGCCUUUCUAGACUCAGGAAAGGGGCAAGUGGGCUGGGCUUUCAAAAGGAAGCUGGUGGCUGGUAAGACAGCUUGCCUAGAUGGUGCAUCCAUGUGCUAUGCACACGACCCAGGUUUGAAUCUGGCCCCCACUGCUCUAGAGGACAUUUCAGUACUGUGGUAUCUUUCUUUGUGUCUUGCUUUCCAGCUAAAAAGGAAAAAAAACAAAAAACAGUAAGGUUUGAGUGAUGAAACCUUAGCAAUAAUAAUGACAAGAAAAAAGGAACCUGGACUUUUACCAGGAGAAAAAAAGGAUCAAAAUUUGUCAUUUACCAGACCUGCUGAAUUGGGGCCCAGUGCUGAGACAACUUUAAUACCAAAAUGUUGGAGAAGGUUCCUCCUCUGGGCAGUCGGUGGCUGCUUCCAUCGCUGAUAAUUUCACUGAUGUUGGAUCUCCCGAAGGCUGUGCUACAUCUCCAGCCUCCAUGGGUGCGUGUGUUCCAGAAUGACAGCGUGACUCUCAUGUGCCAGGGAGCCCGAGUCCCUGGGGACCUAUCCACCCACUGGUUUCACAAUGGGAGCUCCGUGCCUGGUCAGGAGCAGCCCAGCUUCAGCUUCCAGGCUGAUAGCAAUGACAGUGGGGACUACCAGUGCCAGACCGAUGGAACCCUCCUGAGCGACCCUGUGCACCUGGUGGUGCUGACAGACUGGCUCUUGCUGCAGACACUUGGCCUGAAGUUCCAGAAGGGGGACCCCAUCUUGCUGAGGUGCCACAGUUGGAGAAAAAAGCCUGUGUUCAAGGUCAUAUUCUUUCAGAAUGGAAAAGCUGUGAGGUAUUCCCGUCAGAACUCUGACUUCUCCAUCCCUAGUGCCAAUGCCAGCCACAGCGGGAAGUACCACUGCACUGGGUUUAUUGGAAAGAUGAGAUACUCCUCACAGCCUGUGACUAUCACCGUGCAAACUGUGAACCAAGGUCCUGAAAUUCUAUUUGUUUUCGUGCCAUGGCAUCAUCUCAUUCUCUUCCUGGUGAAUGGAGUUUUGUUCUUGGUGGACACAGGGCUCUACUUCUCUGUGCACAGAAACCUUCAAAGUUCAUCAAAGGACAGAAGGAAGGGCAAAGUUAGAUGACACAGGGACCCUUAGGAAACCUGUCCCUCAGCCUCACCUGGACAGCAACCUAGGCUGGGAAGCCUCACAUAUUCUUGAGUCUCCAGGAAAGGAAGGGCCUGUGACAUGUGGGCUGCAUUCCCACAGGCUCCAGAUUUGUGGACUCCAGAUGGUCAAGGCUCAGUUUCAGCCCACAGUCGACCAGGGCUCACCACCAAUGUUUCCCACAGGUCUGCAGUACAUGAACCCCCUUUUCUUUCUAUUCUAUUUGGUAGGACAGAGAUAAAUUGAGAGGGGAGGAGGAGACAGAGAAGGAAGGAGAAAGAGAAACUAUUGUAGCACUGCUUCACCACUCAUGAAGCUUCCCUCCUGCAGGUGAGGAGCGGGGCUUGAGCCCAGGCCCUUGCACAUGGUAAUGUGUGCCCUCAAUCAGGUAUGCCACAACCUGUCCCCCACCCCUGCUUCCUUUUUCAGAAUAAAUCUCAUGAUCUGA